AUGCAAGCACGAUGUGGUAACUCAUCAUCUCUAACAUCUACCACCUCCAGCAACACUGUGAUAUAUAAAGUACCAGUUGAUCACGUUAAACAAUCGAUUAGAAGACAUGAGAUAAGAAAUGGGAUAAAGAUUGAUCGAGAAAAUUUAGUGGUUGUUGAAGAUGAAAUCCAUGAUGAUAUAACUUUAGAAGAACUUGUCGAAGAACUUCCUGAGAAUGCACCAAGAUAUAUUGUGUUAAGUUAUGAGUUGAAUCAUGAGGAUGGAAGAAAAUCAUAUCCAUUAGUAUUAAUUUAUUAUUCACCUAUAUCUACAAAUCCUGAAGCACACAUGCUGUAUACUAGUUCAAAAGUAUAUUUUCAACAAAAAGCAGAUUUAAAUAAAACAUUUGACAUUCGUGAAUUAGAAUUGCUAAAUGAUGAAUGGCUAAAGGUGGGAGAAAUUAUUACAUUAAGGAAAUACAUUCUUAACGAUAAAAUCCCUUAA